AUGUCAUAAGUGACGCAGCGCACCCGGAAGCAGGCCGGAGCGCCUACAGUACAGUACAGUGGCUGAGGAGGCGCCCCCCCACCCCCCACCCCCCGGCGUCCCCGGUAGCUCGGGCCGCCGCCGCCCGCCGCCCUCCCGCCGCGUUCCUUCCCCCCCCGCCCCCCAACCCUUUUUGACCCUUCCCGGCCCCCGUCGGCGGGGUGGGCGCCGGCCGCAGCCAUGUCGCUGCUGCAGUCCGCCCUGGACUUCCUGGCGGGGCCCGGCUCCCUGGGGGCCGCCAGCCGCGACCAGAACGACUUCGUGGGGCAGACGGUGGAGAUGGGCGACAUGAGGCUGCGCGUCCGGAGGGUCAUCGCCGAGGGUGGUUUUGCUUUUGUCUAUGAAGCUCAGGAUCUUGGAAGUGGCAAAGAAUAUGCUUUAAAGAGGUUGUUAUCUAAUGAGGAAGAAAAGAAUAAAGCCAUCAUUCAGGAAGUUUGUUUCAUGAAAAAACUUUCAGGUCAUCCCAACAUUGUCCAGUUCUGCUCUGCUGCAUCUAUAGGAAAAGAAGAAUCAGACACAGGACAGGGAGAGUUUCUUCUGCUUACGGAGUUGUGUAAAGGGCAGCUGGUGGAAUUCUUAAAGAAGGUAGAACCCAAAGGACCCAUCUCCUGUGAUACAGUUUUGAAGAUCUUUUAUCAAACCUGCAGAGCUGUGCAGCAUAUGCAUAAACAGAAGCCUCCUAUAAUCCACAGAGAUUUAAAGGUGGAAAACUUGCUUAUUAGUAACCAAGGGACGAUUAAACUUUGUGACUUUGGUAGUGCUACAACUGUAGCUUACUAUCCUGACUACAGCUGGUCUGCGCAAAAGAGAGCACUGGUUGAAGAAGAGAUCACCAGGAAUACAACACCAAUGUACAGGGCACCAGAGAUGAUAGACUUGUAUUCAAAUUUUCCAAUUAGUGAAAAGCAGGACAUUUGGGCUCUGGGCUGUAUCCUGUAUUUACUCUGCUUUAGGCAACAUCCUUUUGAAGAUGGAGCUAAACUUCGCAUAGUCAAUGGAAAAUACACUAUUCCACAAAAUGACACCCGCUAUUCUGUGUUUCAUGAUCUCAUCAGCUCUGCCUUGAAAGUGAACCCAGAGGAGAGAUUGUCAAUCACUGAACUGGUGAAUCAACUGCAGGAGAUUGCAGCAGCUAGGAAUGUGAAUCCUAAAUCCCCCAUCACAGAGCUCCUGGAACAAAAUGGAGGCUAUGGGAACAAUGCUCAGCCUCGGAUGUCUGUAACAUCGGUUUCACAGAGCUCCAAGCCUGCAGGACAGCUCAAUAAUAUGUACAAUGCAGGCCUGACUGUUGCAGAAUGUGACCAGACUUACGGAGGGUUCUUUGAUAUUCUGAGAGGAGGAACAGAACGGUUUUUCACAAAUAUUAAGGAUACAUCUUCUAAAGUUAUCCAAUCUGUGGCCAAUUAUGCAAAAGGAGACUUGGAUAUAUCAUACAUCACUUCCAGAAUUGCAGUGAUGUCCUUUCCAGCUGAAGGUGUAGAGUCUGCCAUCAAAAAUAACAUAGAAGAUGUGCGGUUAUGUCUGGACUCUAAACAUCCUGGGCACUAUGCUGUGUAUAACCUUUCUCCAAGAACAUACAGGCCUUCAAGAUUCCAUAAUAGGGUUUCUGAAUGUGGCUGGCCAGCAAGGCGAGCACCAAAUCUUCAGAAUCUCUACAGUAUAUGCAAGAACAUGCAUUUAUGGCUGAAACAAGAUCAGAAAAAUGUUUGCAUUGUGCACUGCCUUGAUGGAAGAGCCGCGUCUGCUGUUGUAGUUUGUUCUUUUCUAUGUUUCUGUCGUCUCUUCACUACUGCUGAGGCUGCGGUUUAUAUGUUCAGUAUAAAACGAUGUCCUCCUGGCAUUUGGCCUUCUCAUAAAAGGUAUAUCGAAUACAUGUGUGACAUGAUGGCUGAAGAACCCAUUAUUCCUCACAGCAAGCCAAUCCUUAUUAAAUCAAUCAUCAUGACUCCAGUUCCUCUUUUCAGUAAGCAGCGUAAUGGCUGCAGGCCUUUUUGUGAAGUAUAUGUUGGGGAUGAAAGAGUAACCACUACCUCCCAGGAAUAUGACAAAAUGAAGGAAUUCAAAAUUGAAGAUGGUAAAGCAGUAAUUCCAUUAGGUAUAACAGUUCAAGGAGAUAUUCUCAUUGUGAUCUAUCAUGCCCGGUCAACGCUUGGAGGCCGACUACAAGCCAAGAUGGCUUCUAUGAAGAUGUUUCAGAUUCAGUUCCACACAGGUUUUGUGCCCCGAAAUGCCACCACAGUGAAAUUUGCUAAGUAUGAUCUUGAUGCCUGUGACAUUCAAGAGAAGUAUCCUGAUUUAGUUCAAGUCAAUCUGGAAGUGGAGGUGGAGCCCAGAGACAGACCUAGCUGUGAGCAGCCACCAUGGAAUAACAUGAAUAUAAAGGGACUGAAUCCCAAGAUUCUUUUCUCUACCCGAGAGGAACAACAAGAGAUUUUGUCAAAAUUCGGGAAACCAGAGCUGCCUAGACAGCCAGGUUCAACAGCACAAUAUGAAGCGGAAGCAUCCCAACUGGAGCAGUCUUCAGAAAGUGUCCCAGCUGAGACAGAAUCCUCACAUAGCAGUGGUACUGAUGCGAGUAACUUCUUUCAUUCUCUGGAUUGGAAAGAAGGAAAAAGUCCAGAAAGUGGAGUAGACAAUAAUUCAUCCAAAAAUGAUCAUGCUCAACUAUCUAAUGAGAGAGAAGAGAGUGAUCCUUCAGAUGAGGAAUUCCCUGCAUUUCCAGGUGAAGAAGGGGCAGUAACUGUUGUUGAGAGGGACCCUGGUGCUCAGGAAGGAGAGUUGCCUUUUGCAGCCAGUUUUGAAGCUCCAUCUGCAUUGUUACAAAAACCUCUCACUGAAGAGAAUGUAGAUUUACUGGGACUGAACUCUGAUAUUUCACCAGAACAGGAACAGCCUAUCUCAGAAACAAGCUCUUCAACAAGUAAUGCAGACUUGUUGAACAAUCUGUUUGUGGGUAGUGCAUCACAGAUCCCAGAAGAGUCCACUGGAGAUCUUCUUGGACAAGGAACAUCUUUCUUUCUCAGCAGUCAGUCUCAGUGUUCAGCUGCUACUAAGAUGUCUUCAGCAUCAGCUGAUCCGUUUGACCCGUUCACAAUGUCAUCAAGUUCUGAGAAUCUGUCCCUACCUAGUGCAGACUUCUUUAGAGGCAUGCUGAAUCCAACUGCAACAUCUACUCCUAAUACAUUUAUUCCCACAAGUAAUUCAGUUCUGUCUUCUAGUUCAGAUUUCUUGAAUUUAGGGAACCCGGGACUAGAGACAUCUAAAAUGUCAUCUUCUACAAGUUACCCAGAUCUCUUAGGUGGAUGGGAUUCUUGGGUGGAUUCUUCUGGGCCUGUCUAUGCACCAUCAGCACAAAUGAAGUCUGCUUUUGAAGGACAAGUUCUUACCACAGGAAGUCAGUCCAGUGUGUCUUCAGGUCCGUCCUUCAGCCCAUCUAAGUCUCAGAACGUUGACCCUUUUGCUGAUCUUGCCAAUCUUGCAUCUGGUCUUCCAGGUUCCUCCACAAUUGGAUUCUCCGGUAGUGGGUUUGGUCAGAAGACUGCUACAUCUCAGAAGUCAGGAAAUCAGUGGCAGAAAUCCACAAAACCACAAAGUACAUCGUGGCAGUCCCAGACUAAAUCCAGCACUACAGCUAAACCCAAUUAUACAGGGAACUUCAGUGUUAUUGGAGGUCGAGAAGAAAGAGGAGUCAGAACACCAAGCUUUGGUCAAAAGCCGAAAGUUUCAGCAAAUGACUUUGAAGAUCUCUUAUCUAAUCAAGGGUUUUCAGCUAAAUCUGAUAAAAAGGGACCAAAAACUAUUGCUGAGAUGAGAAAGCAAGAAAUGUCUAAAGAUAUGGACCCCUUGAAACUGAAGAUUCUUGAAUGGAUUGAAGGAAAGGAGAGAAAUAUCAGAGCAUUAAUAUCAACUCUUCAUACAGUGCUUUGGGAAGGGGAAAAUAAGUGGAAACCUGUUAGCAUGGCAGAUCUAGUAACACCCGAGCAAGUAAAGAAGUACUACAGGAAAGCAGUGCUGGUAGUUCAUCCAGAUAAGGCCACAGGACAACCUUACGAGCAAUACGCCAAGAUGAUCUUCAUGGAAUUGAGUGAUGCGUGGUCAGAGUUCGAAAACCAGGGGUCCAAGUCCCUUUUCUAAAAGUUCAUCUUUUAUUGAACCACUUCCAAAAACUGGAGUUGAGCAUUGUUGUGACCUUUUCACCUAUGAUUUAUGAAGUGCUUUUCCAUGAUUUCAGCACAGUUUGCAAUCAUGCACUUAAAUGUGGUGAUGUAUUUUGUAAGAUGUGGAGUACAAAGCGUUACAUAGAUGCAUUAAGAAAACAGCUGCUCAGUACUUGAAGAAAUCAUGGUCUGGGGAUAAAGAUUUUUCAGUUUUAUAUAUGGUAAAAUGGAAUUUUAAUGAAGUUCCAUGAUCUCUGGUACACUAGUAUCAAUUCUAAAUCAUUCCACUUCCGCUGAUCUCUGCUUUAUCCUCUUCAUUCCCCAAUUUAUUUUCAGUAGUUUCAUGAUUCAGUUUUGAUCUUUCAUGCCUGUCGCCUUAUUCAAAGUGCUUUAGUUAUCAGUAGUGAGUCUGUUUGGAUUAUUUCAAAUCUGAAGGUGUAUAUUUUCAUGUGUCUUUUAUGUAAUCAAUCUGAUAAUCAUUCUGUAAAUAAUAUUUUCUGACAAUACCUGUGUUCCUUACAGUAAAUUAACAGUUGUUUAGCCAAAAAGACCUCAGUUGUAGGGAAAAUCAUCCAGGGUUGUUCUUGAUUUUCUUCUUUGUUUUACUUUUUACAUAUGAAUCUAGAAACAAAUCUUGGCUUAAAAGUCUGCAUGUUCCUGCUCUGUUAUUUAUUAUGAAUCUUUGGAAGGCAGUACUUCUUUUACUAAUUCUUUAAAUGGUAUCUUUUCCAUCUGAUUUCAGUGGAACAUGCUUUCCAUUGGACUUUAAGCACUCUGAUAAAAAUGUUAUUCUGAAACUUGAUGUGUAAGCACAAAAAAGAAAACAUUUUACUCUGCUUUGAUUUGUUGUCAGUGAAUGCUACAUGAUUUAUUUAGAGAGCAUUUAGAGUUUUAACACAUUUUUACAGCAUGUCUGAACUUCUGUAUUUUGAGAUAUGCAUGACAUCGGUGUAUGUGCAAACAUGGGGUGUAUUGGUAGUGUUGUAUUUCUGCUCAUCCCCCUUCCAUGCACCAAGUAGAAGAUGAGCAGAGACCCAACUUAAGAACAAAACUUGCCACGUUCUCUCAUCCCUAUUCAGGUGCCAGUUUUCACUAGGGCUGAAAUAAAUGAAUGCAGAUGACCAAUGACUGUUACAUUUGGUACAGUAAUGAAAUGCAAUUCUCAAAUCAGAUUUGAAAAUGUCAAAAAUCAGCAACAUCUGAAAAGAAAAAAAUAGGAUUUUAAUGCCACCUGAACAGUGUAUUGGAUGCAGUUUUCCACUGCUGAGCAGGCCUGAGAGCCUGGGGGUUAGAGACUUGUGAACACGAGUUGCAAUUCAGUCCAUGUUCUAACACUGUCAACUACUUUGCUGAUGAAAGAUUGUGUGUGUAUGUAUAUUCACAUAUAUUCAGCUACUAUAAAUUUUUUGAAGUCAGAAGCCAGGAUCAGUUAUGGAUCCGAAGGCUAUGUAUUAUUUGUAGUUGCAGUUGUAUUUCAGUUGCAACUUUGAAGCGGUCUUAAGUCCCAUUAGACUUAUUCUUUAUGAAAGUAGGUAAUUCACUUUCUGACUUUUCCCUUGGGACACCUCAGGUUUUUUUUACAUACAUGGUCUGCAUCCUUAGAAAUCAAAGGCUUGUGGUAGGUUUUGUGUGUUUGAAACCUGGUUGGCUUUUCACAGUUCUAAGGCAAAUGAUACAUAUAGGCUUAAGUACAGACAUGUAAUGACUGACUGCACUCCUAUAUACAAUAGAAAGAGAAAACAUUCCUAAGGGAGCUGCUUUUAGUAAGGAAAAAAGUGAGGACUAGAAAAAACCAUGUUCCUUUCAGCACAUUCAAGAAACUUAAUUUUGAGGGACACAUUUUUAAUUGCUGUCUUCUUGAAUUGAAAUUUUGGAAGAAAAUAUUCCUCUGCAUUGAAUGCUUGGUAGCAUUUUCUGGAUGACAACUAUGUUUCUCUGGUUUUAUUUGUCCCACUCCUAUUUACAAAAAAAAAUAAUUACAAAAAUUUUCUUGAACAGCAGCCUUAGAUACGAUUUUAAGUGAGCAGGGAAAAAUGAGCACAACUGUUUUAAUUGGAACCAAAGAUCUCUUGAAAUUGACUGCCCCUUUUUAAAAUUACAGAAACAGACAUUUGGCUGUGGAUUCUUCCAAGAGCCAUUUGCUACUUAAACUUCAUUCAGGUUGACAGGAACCCUCUACUUAUUUUACAGGUUAAUCACCUCUGGUCCUCAGUGAGGAACUGUCUGAUUCAUUACUCUGCUCCUUUCUACUUGGUUGAAUUUUAGUUUGAGGAAUCUAGGAGGGGUUCAGACUUCAGUGAACUUUCAAAUAGUUAAAUUUUGCUUACAGGGUGUUACUGAAAUCCAAUUCUUAUAAAAUCCAACUUCUUAUACAUUCCUGUGUUCAGCACAGCUAACUGACACAGUUAAACAAAAAUUCUAAACCAAAAUGAUUUCAUUGUCAAGAUUUAAGUGGUGAACACAGUAAACUGCAAUUUUGUUUUUGAUAGUGCAGAAUGCGGACCAGUAAAGUGCUUCAUCAUUUAAGGCUAAUACAUAACAUUUUUUAGUUAUUGGGAAAAGGGAAGUUAAGGUAAAUUUUAUAUAGGGUUAUACUGAGUCUUAAUGUUGCUUUUAAAUUAGAUGGCCAUUUGGAAGAAGAAAAAGUCUAGAAGUUAUGUCUGAAUUCAUCUUAGAAAUUAAAAUGGUUAAAGGAAAAAAAAACACCACCACCAACAACAAAAGAAAACACCUGGGAAUGAGGACUUUUACCUUUCUCAUGCUCUGUACUUCAUUGUCAACUGGUUGAGUGCUGCUGUAUGGGAGAAGACUGCACCCAAACCAUUAUGCAUACAUUUCAUUAUAGCUGUUCUUACUGUCCACAAGCUGGAAAGCUUUUCAGAAGAGGCUACAGGAAAAUCGAUUAAGCCGAGAUUUGAUUUUAACUGAUACUGUGAAUUUUUUCUGGGUGUAAAAUGCAUAUUUUUCAUUCAUGCUUAUUCAUUGCACGCAUUUUGAAAUGUUGAAAUUAGGUGGAUUAGGUGGUCUUGAAAGCUAUGGCUUGUAUCUGCUUCUGAUUGCAAAAGCUGAGGUUGAGGUGAAUCAAAAGUGGUGUUGCUACAAUGAAGUUGUGUCUGCCAAAUUUCAAAUGUGGCACUUGCAUUUUGGAGCAUCUCCUUGACUCUUGCAGCAGAUUGUUACGCUUUCUGGCCCAUGUUUGUCGUUCCUUUGUAAUGACAAAGAAUUGAUACCAUCUCUUUGCAGCCUCCCAGUAUCUGUUCUUAAACAUGUCAAGCUACUCAAUUUUAUUGCAAGAGCAAGGAGAA